CCUCCUCCUCCUGCUGCUGCUGUCGUCCUCCUGUAGUCUCACUCCGAGUCUCUCUCCAUCAGCAGCGGCUGGAUGCUUGCAGGGACGGAAACAUGGCUGUGAAUCUCGGCAAGAACCGGCUGGCCCUGCUCACCGCCUACCAGGACGUCAUCGACGAGACCACGGACACCGACUGGGCCUUGUACACAUACGAGGAUGAAAGCAACGACCUGACGCUGGCGGCGUCCGGAGGAGGCGGCCUGGCAGAGAUCACGCUGACCUUUGACAACGGCAGGGUGAUGUACGGCUUCUGCAGCCUGAAGGAGCCCACCGCCGCUCUGCCACGAUACAUCCUCAUCAACUGGGUUGGAGAUGAUGUGCCAGAUGCCAGGAAGUGUGCCUGUGCCAGCCACGUCGCCACCAUCGCAGACUUCUUCCAGGGGGUGGAGGUCAUCAUCAAUGCCAGCAGUCUGGAGGACAUCGACCCCAUGGCCAUCGGGCAGCGCCUGACCAAUGGGACGGCAGCGGUGGCGAGCCCGGUCCUGAGCCGUCUGAAGACCCGAGAUGAAGAGCACGCAGAUGUGGGCACGGUGUACGAGAAGACCAACGCAGAGGUGGAGAUGAAGAAAAUCAAUAGACAGGAGUUUUGGGAGCAAGCCAAGCGUGAAGAGGAGAUGAGGAAGGAGGAGGAAAAGAAGAAGUUGGCAGAGGAGCGGCAGCGCUUCGAGGAGGAGCGAAUGGAGCUGGAGAGGAAAGAGCAGGAGAACCGAGAGAAGAGGUACCGCGAGAGGGAGCGGCAGAUCGAGGAGCACAGAAAGAAGAUGCAGGAGGAGGAAGAGGCCAAAGAGAGGUUGCGAAAUCAGACCCCUGUAGUAGCAGAGCCGAGCAUCGAGGACCUCAACCUGGACAAGAAGGAAUCUGAGGUAGAGGAGGCGAAGGCCAUCAUCGCUCAGCGGUCAGGAAACCCUCGAGAGUUUUUCAAGCAGAAGGAGAGAGCCAUGACCAUCAGUGUGGACACCUCGCCUGUCUCCAUCCACCGGAGCGGCCGUUUGGACAGCCCGUUCUUGAGGCAGCAGCACAGUCCCAGCAGCCCCAGUCCGACCCCCCCGCACCGGGGCACGUCGCCCCUCCGCACCCCACCACAUACACGGACGCAGCCCGCCGCUGCAGCCGCGGACAAUGACGAUGAAGUGAGCACAGAGCGCAACAUGGCCACCGUGUCACCCAUUCCUAAAAUAGUCACCACGCCCAUCAAAGAGGACUACAGCAGGGAUGAGGAGGAAGACCGUGCAGACGAGUGGGAUUCGGUGCCAAAGCAGGAGCAGAAACCCCCAGUCCAGGAGUCGACGCCCACCAAGCCCGUGCAGAGCGUCGCCCCGCAGGCCCGCGACUCCUCCGGUGUCUCUGCGUGCGAGUCCGGCACCGACAGCCUGGUUGACCUGUGGGACGGCAGCGCCGCCCCUCCAGCCAACGCCGCCCAGCCCGCCCAGUCCUCCAAUCUGGUGGACCUAAUGGGAGAUGUCCUCCAUGACGACCUCCCGCCCAGCACCGCUGCCGCCAGCGGCCGGCCUCAGCCGCUCCUCAGCUUUGACGAGAUGAUGGACGGGACUUUCUGCUCGGGUACUGGCGCCGAAGACGACCCGUCCAGUUUGGUGGACGUGACGGGCUCUGAUCAGAUGACCCUCAGCUACCAGCAUGCACUGCAGCAUGCGUCUGGGGAGGGCCAGGAGCUGGAUGAUGGACAGCUGCUGAUGACCAAUGGGGAGGCUCUGGUGAAAGAAGGCACUCAGGUGAGCCAGGCGAGUGAGGGCUACUUCAGCCAAUCACAGGAGGAGGAAUUCGGGACAUCAGAGGAGUCCUCAGCUAAACCCGCACCGGUCUUUUAUAACAAGCCACCAGAGAUUGACAUCACGUGCUGGGACACGGACCCCGUGGUUGACGAUGAAGACGACUAACCGGCCUAUAUGACACCCACACCACCACCGCCACCGGACCAAGAGGAAGUAGGAAGUGCGCUUCAUGAAGAAACAGAAUUUUUUUUCUAAAAAAUAAAAAGAAACAAACAAAAAAAGUAAUAAUAACAAGUCUUGCAUCAAAACUACUUCUGUAUUAUCUUUUAGAAUCAGUAGCCACAGAAAAAAGACAGGGUUGUUGACGGUUUGGAACAAUUUUUUUUUCUGUGUUUAUUUUAUUUAUUUGCUGUUUUCUUUCUUUUUUCUUUUUUUCUUUUUUUUGCUAUGCAGAUGUAUUAGCUGGGAGUGGGGGGAUUUUUUUUUGUUUGUGUACAUGAUAAUUACACGUAGCGCACUGCUGCAUUUUAGAGACAAUGAAGCCUGGCGUGUGGCCGACACGCUUAGUCUGUAGUACUUCAAUAACACCCUAUAAAACUAAUACAGCCGAUCAAUACAGCUGCCAUGUAUAGCUUCACUCUGUUCUCUUCUUACCUCGUUUUCACCACCCUCCUUCUUCCCUUCCUUCCUGAAAAUAUUCACCUCUGCAAGUCAGUUAAUCUUGUAUUUAGAGCUCACUUCACAGAAACAAGGUGAAAUAUUUUAUUUAUUCUGGUGUUUCUCAGCUGCAAUCUGUUCUCCAAGUCAAACUGUGGCUCCUUUUUGACCUUUUUCCACACCUUUUGUAUGAUUUUACUGACUGAAUUCAAGAUUAAAUGGCUUGUGAAUCUGA